AUGUCGCUCUUUGUGCUUGCCGAGACGCCGGCAGGCUAUGGCCUGUUCAAGGCUACUGACAAGAAGAUGCUCAAGAACGAGGAUCUCGCUGCUGAGCUUGGACGACCUGAGAAGGUCGUUGAGAUGCUCAAGCUCAAGAAGUUUGUCAAGUUCGACAGCGCCGCUACCGCUCUCGAAGAAGCUGCGUCGCUCAAGGAGGGCAAGGUCCCUGAGCUUCUCACCCAACUCCUCGACGACCUCAAGUCCGAGAAGAAGGCCUCGCUCGCUGUCGCCGAUAUGAAGCUGGGCACUGCCAUCUCUAACAUGCCCUCGCUCAACAUUUCUCCUGUUUCUGGCUCCAACACCAUGGACCUCUUCCGUGGCAUUCGAGGUGGACUGCCCAACCUUAUCCCUGGUCUGCUUGAGGAGAACUUUGACCGCAUGGCCCUUGGUCUUUCUCACUCCAUGUCGCGUCACAAGCUCAAGUUCUCUGCCGACAAGGUCGACUCCAUGAUCAUCCAGGCCAUUAAGCUUCUCGACGACCUCGACAAGGAGCUCAACGUCUACGCUAUGCGAACCAAGGAGUGGUAUGGAUGGCACUUCCCUGAGAUGGCCAAGAUUCUCAACGACAACUUGGCUUACGCUCGCGUCAUUCUCGCUGUUGGCAUGCGCACCAACAUUGCCGAUAGCGACCUCUCCGAGAUCCUUCCCGAGGAGAUUGAGACUUCCAUCAAGGCCGCUGCCGAGAUUAGCAUGGGUACCGAGAUCACCGAUGAGGAUCUUGACAACAUUAAGCUCCUGGCUGACCAGGUCAUUGUCUACUCAAACUACCGAACACAGCUCUCUUCGUACCUCGAGAGCCGCAUGCGCGCUAUCGCUCCCAACCUGACUGCUCUCGUCGGCUACCUCGUCGGUGCCCGUCUCAUUGCCCACGCUGGCUCUCUCAUUAGCUUGGCCAAGUCUCCUGGUUCCACCAUCCAGAUUCUCGGUGCCGAGAAGGCCCUCUUCCGCGCCCUUAAGACCAAGCACGAUACACCUAAGUAUGGUCUCAUCUACCACUCUUCACUCAUCGGUCAGGCCACCGGCCGAAACAAGGGUAAGAUCGCUCGUAUGCUGUCUGCCAAGGCUGCUCUAGGUCUCCGUGUCGAUGCCCUAGGUGAUACCGAAGACGACGCUGAUGAGGAGGAACGCGCUAUCCUUGGUCUCAGCAACCGCAUCAAGCUUGAGAACCACCUCCGCAAGCUUGAGGGCAAGCCUCUUCUGCCCAAGGGCGCCAACGUCACUCCCUCUGGUGAGAUUGUUGGUGCUGGUCAGUUCACUCUUAAGGAGACCCGCCGAUACAACGGUGAUGCCGAUGGUGUCGCCGAUGACGAGGAGGCCAAUGAAGCCACUCCCGCCAAGAAGCUCAAGAAGGCCAAGAAGCUCAUCGAGGAGGUUGACGAGGAGAUGAAGGAUGCUGAGGAUGACAGCGACGACGAGGUUGCCACUCCUGGCAAGCCCAAGAAGCUCUCCGAGGCCGAUUACGAGCGCCUUGCCGAGGAGGCCGGUAUCUCAGUCAAGAAGUUCAAGCGCAAGUACGAGCGAGGUGACGUUGAGAUGAACGCCGAUGGCACACCCAAGGUCAUCAGCAAGAAGGAACUCAAGAAGCUGCGAAAGGCCGAGGAGAAGGCCACGCCUUCCAAGUCGCAACCCGCCGCCGAAGAGACUGAUGGCAAGAAGAAGCGCAAGCACGAUGACUCAGAAGACGAGGAGCCCAAGAAGGAGAAGAAGCAGAAGAAGAAGAAGCGACACUCUGAGGCUUAG